AAAAGUCUAAAAUCAAACAAACUCAAGUGGUAGAGAGUAGAGUUGUAGAAGCAAACAGAGACCUCCAAAGGAAUCAGAGACCCAAUAAGGCCAUGGAUGCACACAGCAGCGGCGGCGAUGAUUUCUCAGUGGGAUGCAUUCUUUCCAUCAAAACCACUCUCGGCGACGAGUUCGAAGCCCAAGUCAUCACCUUCGAUCCACCUUCCAACAUUCUCGUCCUUCAAGAGGGUAAAUCUGGAUCUGGACAGCUUCGAAACAUAAGGCUAUUGAAAGCCAACUACAUAGAAAGCUUCAAGUACUUGGGUCAAGCCGAGGACCCUCUUGAUCCCAAAAAAUUUAAUCUUGAUCUCAAUUCCCUCCAAUCUCGUGAAGACUCCGCCAUUAGACAGGCAGAGAGAGAAGUAGAGAGGAUUGGGGUGGGUGUUACUGCUGAAGCACAAAGCAUUUUUGAUGCACUGUCUAAGACACUUCCAGUGCGCUGGGACAAGACUGCCAUAAUUGUGCUGAAUGACGUGCGCGUUUGCAGUCCAUAUCUCCCCGAAUCUGUUACUGGAGGAACUCCCGCUGCCAAUGACCGUGUGAGGAAAAUGGUUGACUUUGAAAGGAAGAGACUAGCUGGUGGUAGUAGUCAGUGAUGGUUUUCAGGUUGGCAUAGUGAGAUUGCUGGGGGAAAAUAAAGCACUCUGAGGUAGUACUGCUGAUGACCAUGUUGAUUGUGCGUAUUGCUGUCACAAAAAAAAUUAUAUUAUCCUUUGGCAGACAUUUUGACAGCUUAUAUUAAUGAAGAAUUUUGAUUUUCAUAUAUCA